AACAGCACGCGUCGGGGUGGCCGAGCGGAGUCGAGACUGAAGAGGAGAAAGCGGCCUACAUUGAGGAGGUGAAAAAAGAGGAGGGAAUCAUUUUGGACCCAGCCAAGAUGAAAAGGAACGAGGGGAUGAGAAUGAUUGCAAAACUGAUUCUUAACUCCUUCUGGGGUAAGAUGGGGGAGAAGACUCUGAGGGGAGUCACCAAGUUUGCCAACAGCUUUACGUCCAUGAUGGAGGUCAUCAAUGACCCCACGCUCGAGAUCCGUUCCAUGCUUCCGCUGGGGGAGGAGUGCCUUCAAAUCAAUUGCAUGCCAAAAGAAGACUGUGAGGACAGCCUGAGGACUUCCAGCCUGAUUAACGCUGCAUUUACCACUUGCUACGGGCGUCUUCAUCUCUACAAGUACCUGGACAUGGUCGGAGAACGGGCGAUUUACCACGACACCGACUCAGUAUGCUACUUGUCCGUGCCCCAUCUCCCUGAUCCACCGCUCGGUACUCACCUUGGGGAGCUCACAGAUCAGAUUUCGGAUGACUUCGGAGCCGGUUCUUUCUGUUUCGCUUUCGUCGCUGGGGGUGCUAAGAACUAUUCUUACAAAGUAGCGGUGAAAGGGGACAUGAACAAUGUGAAAGUGGUCACCAAAGUCCGUGGGAUUCAACUGAACGGAUCAAAUGAAGACAUCAUCACCUUUGAAAACUUAAAGGCGAUGGUCUUAAGUGACCAGAAAGAAAAACACAUCGUCCCCAUCCCCGGACAGAUUGCCCGUCUGCCGGGGUGGAAAAUAAUCACCCGGGACACCUCAAAAACGUGGCAGGUUGUACUGAACAAAAGACGGAGGGUCGAUAAGGCGAAGACGGAGCCCUACGGGUACAAGGCGUGGACCGCAGAGGACGACGAUUUACUGAACGUUCUCGAGGAGUUGGCCCUCAGCUAGGGUC